AUGUAUAGUCUAACAAAAGGAGCUCUGAAUCAGCUAGCAAGAAAUUUGGCAUGUGAAUGGGCGAAAGAUGGCAUAAGAGCCAAUGCUGUUGCUCCUAAUAUUAUCAAAACUCCUUCCGCUCAACCAUAUCUUGAUGACAUCAAUUUCAAGGAGGGAUUGUUCAGUAGAACUCCACUUGGUCGCGCUGGAGAGCCGAAGGAAGUUGCAUCAUUAGUGGUCUUCUUGUGUCUACCUGAAGCUUCUUAUAUUACUGGUCAAACCAUUUGCGUUGAUGGAGGUCUCACUGUUAAUGGCUUCUCCUAUCAGCCUCAAGCUUGA